AUGGGCGCAGCGCUGUCCACUCGCAAGGGCCGGGAGUCGAAGUCCGGCCCAACCUCGGGGGUUGUCAACCCGCAACACGCGUCGACUCAGCACUCCGACGUCCACGUGGAUCUGAACGAUCCGGAGGUGUCGUCCGCGGUGCGCGAGUACGCAUCGCGCGUGUCCCAGUUUACCGAGGCGGACGAGAGAUGGCUUCGAUCUAACCAGGACGCCAAGAGGCUCGACGCGAACGUCCGCGUCGUCGGAGUGGCGGCGAGACACGCGGUGACCGGUCACCCCGUGGUACUCGUCACCUACCCCCUGAGAGUCGCGUACGACAGGUCCAGGGCUGGCCGGAAGGGCUACUCGACGCACAAGUGGGACUCCCGGAAAAAAGACGGACGCGUGCCCUGGACGAACACGUUCUGGCUGGUGUGCCCGGAGGUGGUCAGCGCCGUGGGACGGUUGGAGCACGCCGGGCUGGUUCGAGACUUUCACGCCAAGUUCGUGAAGGGGGACCCGACGCACGACGCGGACGCGGCGGCGACGUUCGCCAAACAGCACGCCAGGUACGCGGCGUUCAGGUGGAGUCUCCUGAGCGACGAGGACAAGGAACACUGCGAGAAGGAGGGGUACGCUUCGGUGCUGAGGGACUGCGGCGUGGGCGGCCUGAGGUUCGUCAACCAGGUCAAGUGCCUGCACCUGCAGUACGGGCACUACCUGGCGAGCGGGGGCGAUAACGUGGUGGGCGAGUGGACGCGCGCGGAGCUCGUCCGCCGAGGUGAAUCGAUCGGCCGAGGCGAGGACGCGUCGGCGCCGGUCGAGGGGUGA